AACAUGUGUAGAGAGAAUCGAUUAUCCAAAUGGAGGACGAAGUGGUUGAGGGCUUUUCUCUAAGAGUUUCAGAAAAUUUGUUGCGCAAAUUGACUUCAGCUCCAGAAGAUGGCAAGGAGGAAUCCCGUGUUGUAGUUGAAAGUGAUCGAGAUAGACAGUUAGUAGAAGCUGUUCGAGAGGAAGAGAGAAACAAGAGAAGACAACUAUUGGAAAGAUUUCGAGAGAGACAGCAACGAAAAUCUAGACAAAGGGAAGAACGAGAGACUGCUCUUGUUCAAGCACUCGUUCAGGAUCUGCAAAGAUCCUAUUUUCGUCCCAAAAUGAAGACCAUUUUAUGUGAAUCAGAAAGAAAGGCUUGUAUUGAAUGUUAUCGAGAGAAUUUAAGUGAUCCUUUACGUUGUGCAGAAGCAGUAAAAGCGCUUUCGUCUUGUGCCAGGAAAGUACAGCUCGACCGAAUAAGUUCAGAAGCUCAAUGAGAAUAUAUGUACAUGAAUACCAAGAGUAGCCAAUCUUCCUGCCGAAGUAUUAGACUAUAUUGGAUUUCCAAAAGAAUCCCACUAAUAUUGGGCAAUAAUGAAAGAUUUUGGAGUAUA